AUGGCUACGAGUGUUCCAAGAUUUUCUGAGUUAUAUGAUUUGAAGGAGGAAAUAGGACGAGGGGCAUUUUCCAUAGUCAGAAGAUGUGUUCAGCUCUCAACAGGACUAGAGUUCGCUGCAAAAAUCAUAAAUACUAAACGUUUGUCAACCAGAGAUAUGCAAAAGCUAGACCGCGAGGCAAGGAUUUGCAGACUCCUGAAACAUCCCAACAUAGUUCGCCUACACGACAACAUUCAGGAUGAAGGUUUUCACUAUCUCGUAUUUGACUUAGUAACCGGUGGUGAACUUUUCGAAGAUAUAGUUGCUCGAGAAUUCUACAGUGAAGCGGAUGCUAGCAAUUGUAUGCAGCAGAUCAUCGAGAGUGUGAACUACUGCCAUCAAAAUAAUAUUGUACAUCGAGACUUAAAGCCAGAAAAUUUAUUACUUGCCAGUAAGUCGAAAGGAGCUGCUGUGAAACUGGCCGAUUUCGGUUUAGCAAUAGAAGUUCAAGGUGACCAACCAGCCUGGUUCGGGUUUGCUGGUACUCCUGGUUAUCUGUCUCCGGAGGUCUUACGUAAAGAACCAUAUGGUAAAGCUGUAGACGUUUGGGCAUGUGGUGUUAUUCUGUAUAUCCUUCUUGUCGGAUACCCUCCAUUUUGGGAUGAGGACCAAAAUCGUUUGUACAGCCAAAUUAAGUCUGGAGCUUAUGAUUAUCCUUCGCCCGAAUGGGACACAGUUACUCCUGAAGCGAAAAAUCUCAUCAAUUUAAUGCUUACUGUUAGUCCUUCGAGGCGAAUCACAGCAGCAGAAGCCCUCAAACAUCCUUGGAUUUGUAAUUUAGAUCAACGAGAACGUGUAGCUUCCCUUGUGCACCGUCAGGAAACAGUGGAGUGCUUAAAGAAGUUCAAUGCAAGACGUAAACUGAAGGGUGCUAUACUUACAACUAUGCUAGCCACACGUAAUUUCUCCAUGAAAAAGGAUGAUAGUUCUGGUCGAGGCACUGUCCCUGGAAGUCAUUCUUCUGUAACUAAAAAGUCUAAUGAUGGCAUAAAGGAACCUUCUGACAGUACUGUUACUGUAAUGGAAGACUCAGCUGAUGUGAAAAGCAAAAAACAAGAUAUUAUUCGGGCGACAGAACAGUUGUUGGCUGCUGCAGCUGCCGGAGAUUUCGAACUUUACCUUAAAUAUUUGGAUUCCCAGUUUACCUAUUUUGGUCCUGAAGCCUGUGGGAAUUUACUUGAAGGUGCAGAUUUCCAUAAGUUUUAUUUUGAACAGAUCAUUCCGAAGUCAGUUGUUCGUGCUAUUCAUACCAGUAUACUCAAUCCGACUGUACAUUUGAUGGGUGAAGAUGCUGCUUGUAUCGCUUACACAAGACUCACUCAGUUUCUAGAUAAAUGUGGUAUGCCGCACACACAACAAACUGAAGAGACACGUGUUUGGGUUAGGCGUAAUGAUCGGGGUUGGCAGAAUGUUCAUGUGCAUCGGUCAUGUUUAUCAGGAUCUUCAGGUGGUGGGGGUUUCACAAAUAUUAAUUCCAGUGGAUCAGCUAGUUUUAACUAUCCACUUUAA